AAAGCAUUUUUGGUGGAUGGUAUGAAGCCAGCCAUGGAAACUGCAGCCGAGGAAAAUACUGAACAAAGCCAAGAGAGAAAAGUGAACAGCAGAGCUGAAAUGGAAAUUGGCAGGUACCACUGGAUGUACCCAGGCUCAAAGAACCACCAGUACCAUCCUGUGCCAACCAUGGGGGACAGGGCUAGCCCCUUGAGCAGUCCAGGCUGCUUCRAAUGCUGCAUCAAGUGUCUGGGAGGAGUCCCCUAUGCCUCCCUGGUGGCCACCAUCCUGUGCUUCUCUGGAGUCGCCUUGUUCUGCGGCUGCGGGCAUGUGGCUCUUGCUGGCACGGUGGCCAUUCUGGAGCAACACUUCUCCACCAACACCAGUGACCAUGCCUUGCUGAGUGAAGUGAUACAACUGAUGCAGUAUGUCAUCUAUGGAAUCGCAUCCUUUUUCUUCUUGUAUGGCAUCAUUCUGUUGGCAGAAGGCUUUUACACCACCAGUGCAGUGAAAGAACUACACGGGGAGUUUAAAACCACCGCCUGUGGCCGAUGCAUCAGUGGAAUGUUUGUUUUCCUCACCUAUGUGCUUGGAGUGGCCUGGCUGGGCGUGUUUGGUUUCUCGGCAGUGCCUGUGUUUAUGUUCUAUAACAUAUGGUCAACUUGUGAAGUCAUCAAGUCACCGCAGACCAACGGGACUGCGGGUGUGGAGCAGAUCUGCGUGGAUGUCCGGCAAUAUGAAAUAGGAAAAGAGAUCUUCAUUAAAACUGAAGAAUUCUACAUGUCCUAUCACCUGUUCAUUGUGGCCUGUGCUGGAGCUGGCGCCACCGUCAUUGCCCUGAUCCACUUCCUCAUGAUACUGUCUUCUAACUGGGCUUACUUAAAGGAUGCGAGCAAAAUGCAGGCUUACCAGGAUAUCAAAGCAAAGGAAGAACAGGAACUGCAAGAUAUCCAGUCUCGGUCAAAAGAACAACUCAAUUCUUACACAUAAAAUGUUUGCCAGAGUGUUUCUGCCGACGAUUUUACAGCUCUGACAAAUCAUCAGCUGCUCUGCAGUACAGAUGUGUAUCCCACCAAACUAAUGUAGACGUACCAACAUUUCACUGUCUGUCUCAAGCUACUGGGAUGUACUCUAGGAAAACCUUCCAGUGGGUAAAUCUUUUUCUUUAGGACAAAUAUUGGAGGUUUCAUGUCAGCCAUUUUAAAAGGCAACACUUUUGACAAACUGUUCAUCCUUUGAAAAUUUGUGGCAUGUGUGUACUUAUUGCUAGAGCAGUUCUAUCAAGACAGGCAAUGGGAAUACAUCAUACUCCUUGAUAGGGACCUAUGACAUGCCAGCAUCAAGGGAUGUGACCAUAAAUUCACACAUGCUAUCUGCCCUCAAAAAAUAAAAUCUACAUAGGAAAUAAAAUGGAAUUGGUGUAAAGUUCCAGUUCUGACAGCUGACAUUUAUUUAACUUGGGCUCAAAGAUAAUGUGAUUCCUAUGACUGACUUUAAAAAACAAAUUAGCACUCUUCAAUUCCAGGACCCAYUGAUUUCCUCAGCUAAUGAGAAACCUAUUUUUCAAAAAUACURCAAAACGAGAGCUUACAACAAUUGUGCUGAACCUAACACAGAAGAAGCUGAAUUCKGACUUGGUGACAAGCUUUCCAGAAUCAGUUUUAUAAUAAUUUCAUUUACACAAUGAUGACAGUUUUCAUUCUUCUUGGGAAAUAAGCAUCAGCUCUGCCUUAAUGAGUACUUGCCUGAAAUUUCUAAGAAUUUAUAUAACCAGAGGCCCCAAACUCCUUCUCAGAAUUUUGUUCCACAAAUAUUUUUAAGAAGUGUUACCUUAUUAAAAUGAYCACCAUUCUAAACCAUUUGUAAGUGGUCUGAAUGGUGAGUUUACAGUUUCAUACCAACUAUCAAAAACCUAACUGCAAAUUGACCU